CUAGAUGUUAGGAUUUCUCUGUUUUUGACCGGCUUCCUCUGUUCUCAGCUAUCAAAACGAACCUUACAUCUCCUAGAUCAUCAAAUCAAAUCGAACUCCCACUAAUCCCUGUAUUGCAAUCAUGGCUUCCCUUGUCUGGGCUUUCACCCCUCCAACAUCACUCAUCAAUGGCAAGAAAGAAUUGAGUCUCUCUUGUUUUCCUUCAUCAUCAUCUACUGUGGAGAAGAAACGCAAGGAAACCAUCUCGAAGAAGAUUGUUUCUGUGGCGGCACCACAACAGUAUGAGCGCAAGCCCUCCACCACCGGCUCAGCCAAGAAUCCAAUGACCAUGACAGAGAAGAUACUGGCUAGAGCUUCGGAGAAAUGUGAUGUUAAGCCAGGGGACAACGUGUGGGUUAAUGCUGAUGUUUUAAUGAUCAACGAUAUUACUUGUCCUGGCAUAGCUGCCACCUUCAAGAAAGAGUUUGGCCCGAAUGCCAAGGUUUGGGACCGUGAAAAGAUAGUAAUUAUCCCUGAUCACUACAUAUUCACAAAUGAUGAAAGAGCUCAUCGAAAUGUGGACACUGCCAGAAACUUCAGCUUGGAGCAAAACAUUAAGUACUUUUAUGACAUUACUGAUCGCAGCAAUUUUAGGGCCAACCCUGAUUAUAAAGGUGUUUGCCACAUUGCUCUUGCCCAGGAAGGUCAUUGCAGACCCGGAGAGGUCUUGUUUGGGACAGAUUCUCACACCACAUCUGCUGGAGCAUUUGGCCAAUUUGCUACUGGAAUCGGUAACACUGAUGCAGCCUUUAUAUUGGGAACAGGAAAGCUCUUAAUCAAGGUUCCUCCAACUUUGAGAUUUGUGCUGAAUGGUGAAAUGCCCAGCUAUUUACUUGCCAAGGAUUUAAUUUUGCAUAUCAUUGGUGAAAUAUCAAUGUCUGGUGCAACAUAUAAAGCCAUGGAGUUUGUAGGAACCACUAUUGAAAGUUUAAGCGUUGAAGAAAGGAUGACAAUAUGCAACAUGGUUAUAGAAGCAGGGGGCAAAAAUGGCGUUGUUCCUGCUGAUGAGACAACAUACAAAUACCUUGAGGAUAAGACAUCUGCUGGCUAUGAACCAGUUUAUAGUGAUGAGGAAGCAAGAUUUGUGGGCGAGUACAAAUUUGAUGUAUCGAAGUUGGAACCAUUGGUGGCGAAGCCUCACUGUCCGGAUAACCGUGCCCUGGCAAGAGAUUGCAGAGAUGUGAAAAUUGACAGGGUAUAUAUUGGAUCAUGUACAGGCGGAAAGACAGAAGAUUUUAUGGCUGCAGCAAGAGUUUUCUUAGCCGCAGGUAAAGGCGUCAAAGUUCCUACAUUUCUUGUCCCUGCCACGCAGAAGGUUUGGAUGGACUUGUACACUCUCGAGGUACCUGGCUCAGGUGGCAAGACUUGUUCUCAGAUUUUUGAAGAAGUUGGUUGUGAUGCACCUGCGAGUCCUAGCUGUGCUGCCUGUAUGGGUGGCCCCAGAGACACCUAUGGACGCUUGAAUGAGCCGCAGGCUUGUGUGUCAACAACAAAUAGGAACUUUCCAGGUAGAAUGGGGCACAAGGAGGGACAGAUAUACCUUGCUUCACCAUACACUGCUGCAGCAUCUGCAUUAACCGGUUUCGUAACUGAUCCGAGGGAGUUUUUGCAGUAAGUUAGAGAGCGUGAAGUUGGUCGUGGCUUAUUAUGCAGUUAGGAUCAGGUUUUGAAUAGUCGUAAUAAUGAAUAUCCCGGAAACUUGGCAAGAAGUAGGGAGUAAUAGCGUACUAGUUUACGUACUUUUAGAUCUAUCAUUUGCAUUCGUCUAAUUCUUUCUUCGAAAUGAAUGGUGUGAAAGCUCCUAUCAUGAUAAUUAUUCAUUCAGCUC